CGGUGGCUGUAACAGUAACCUCUGUGAGCACUCUCACAUUCUUCAAGGGCGAUCCCCACCAAAGCUCUUCGGUGCUCAACACCUCAUUGAAACUCAACAUUGCUCAUCCUUGGGCCGAAGAGAAAGAUGUCUUGAACAGUCCUAGUAGUCCUGAAUCUCAUGAAAACGAUUCCGUGAAAGGUUCAAGCAAGAGAUCCCAUGAGCCUGAAUGGGAAGCGGAGCCAGACUUGUAUGGAAUUCGAAGAUCCGGAAGAGCCAGAACAAGAACAGCUCCAUUUCAAUUAGAGACCGAGCAGAAGAUUCCCCGCAUUGCAACUUCUAAAAGCAAGGCUUCACGAUCCAAAUCUUCUGAUGAAAGUGGGUCUGCAUAUGAGGAAUCCAGUUCUGAUGGAGAGUGUCUUAGCAGACAUGCGAGAAAAGAAAAGCAAGCGAGGAAGAAAGCUAAAAAACAUAAAAGCAAAUCAAAGGAAAGGCGUAAGUCAAAAGGAAGUCGCCAUAAGAAAAGUAAGAAACACAAAAGGGAACAUGAAAGAAGGAAAAAACAUUCCGAAAGCAGCGAAGAAGAUCACGAUGAUGAGAGCUCCAAUGAAUCCAGCGAAGACCGAAGAACUUCCAGGCGAAGAGCGGCAAAAAUCAAAAGCUAUAAAGAAGAUGCUUAUGACCAUGAUCUUAGUGAAAGUGACGAAGUCAUGCCAGACCAGACCGCACGUUCGGUGGAUUAUGAAAACACUGACGGAAUAGACCGUAUUUUGGAUUAUCGAAUCGACCAAAUAGGAAGAACUGGACACCUUACGACUAUCUAUUCCAAUGAACUGCCUGCUGUCAGUGAAGAAACAGAAGAGCAAUUUUUAAUCAAAUGGCAAUCUUGGUCGCAUUUCCAUAAUACAUGGGAGAGCUUAGCGACGCUGGAAGCGCAGAAAGCAAGAGGCAUGAAAAAGCUUGAAAACUACAUUAAAAGACGCAGAGAAUAUGACGAUUGGUGCUUAACUGCGGAGCCAGAAUCGCGUGAGUUAGCUCGGUAUCAGUUAGAUGUUCAGCGUAAUUUAAACGAAGAGUAUACUAAAGCGGAGAGGAUAGUCGAUAAAAGGAAAGAUAAAUCCGGACAGCUAGAAUACUUUGUUAAGUGGAGUGGACUUCCCUAUGUUGAAUGCACUUGGGAGGCUGCUGACUUAAUGGAACGAUAUUUUAUGACUGAAAUUUUGAAUUACGAAGAACGUCAAGGAUCAAAGAAGCUGCCGAUGUCUGCGCCAUCGAGUCAACGCCCCAAGUUCCAGCAGUUCGAGGAUCAACCCCUAUUUCUCGGAGGCGGCAAUGAAAGUUUGAUCCUUCGUGAUUACCAAAUUCUAGGAGUGAAUUGGCUCGUUUCGUCAUGGUGCAGUGGAAGGAGUUGCAUUUUGGCGGACGAAAUGGGACUUGGAAAAACUAUUCAAACAAUAUCUUUUCUGUCUUAUCUAUUCAACCAACACAAAAUUUACGGCCCAUUUCUUGUCGUAGUCCCUUUGUCAACAAUGGCAGCUUGGCUGAGAGAGUUCGAAUUGUGGGCGAAAGAAAUUAACGUGAUUCCCUACAUUGGAGACAUGAAAAGCAGAGCCAUAAUUCGAGAUUAUGAGUGGGUUCACAAGAAUCGAAGAAUGAAGUUCAAUGCCAUAGUCACUACGUAUGAGCUACUGAUGAAAGACAAGGGCUAUUUGCAAAACAUGCAGUGGUCGGUUCUUGUUGUUGACGAAGCUCAUCGUCUGAAGAAUGACGACUCGUUGUUGUACAGAAGCUUGAUUGAGUUUUCAACGCAACAUCGCUUGCUCAUCUCUGGGACGCCUUUGCAGAAUUCCUUGAGGGAGUUGUGGGCACUGAUGCACUUCAUAGAACCUGUCAAGUUCGAAAGUUGGGACGAAUUCGAAGAAAAAAAUCAACCAAGUAGAGGGGGAAUAGAUGGCUACUCCAGACUUCAUAAAACCAUUAAACCAUACAUGCUGAGGCGGUUGAAAAAAGAAGUCGAGAAAAGUUUACCCGCCAAAGUGGAGCAAAUACUGCGUGUGGACAUGUCCAAGAUACAGAAACAGUAUUACAAGUGGAUUCUAACUCGAAAUUUCGAGGCUCUAAAUAAAGGAUUGAAGGGCAGUACAAACAGUCUGCUGAACGUAAUUGUUGAUCUGAAAAAAUGCUGCAAUCACCCGUGGUUGAUCCGACCUUUGGACCCGAUGAAUGAGCCUAAAGACGACGAGAAACUUCAGCAAAUAGUGAAAGGAGGUGGCAAGCUUUGGCUGCUGGAUAAGCUGCUUGUGCGGCUGUACGAGACGAACCAUCGAGUACUAAUUUUUUCUCAAAUGGUCAUGAUGCUGGACAUUUUGGCCGAAUACUUAACUCUAAGACGUUUCAAUUUCCAGCGACUAGAUGGUUCAAUAACUGGAGAUCAGAGAAAACAGGCGCUUGAUAGUUUCAACGCUGAAAGCUCGAAAGAUUUUUGUUUUCUGUUGUCAACACGUGCUGGGGGUCUGGGAGUUAACUUAGCAACCGCUGAUACUGUCAUCAUUUUUGACUCUGACUGGAACCCUCAAAAUGAUAUUCAAGCUCAAUCGCGAGCGCAUCGGAUAGGUCAAACGAAACAAGUCAAUAUUUACCGGCUUGUUACUAAGUUUUCUGUAGAAGAAGAUAUAAUUGAACGAGCAAAAAAGAAAAUGGUAUUGGAUCAUCUAGUAAUUCAACGAAUGGAUACUUCAGGAAGAACGGUUGUAAAUGAAAAAUCAGAGUCAAAACAUCCUUUUAACAAAGAAGAGCUGAACUCAAUCUUAAAAUUUGGAGCUGCAGAGCUGUUCAAAGAAGCCGAUGGCGAAGAGGAAGAUUUAACUGACGAUUUUGAUAUUGACGAUUUUCUUCAAAGAGCGGAGACGCGUGAUGAAAGCGAUCAACCACAAACAGUAGGAGACGAGCUUCUUGCUGGAUUCAAAGUUGCUAACUUCAAUUACGAUGACGAAGAUGAGGAAAUCGAGGAGACAAAAGACGAUGACGGUAAACAGCUGACGGAGAAGCAAGAUUGGGAUGAAAUAAUCCCUGCUGCUGUCAGAGAGAAGAUGCAAGAAGAAGAAUCAGCCAAAGCCGAAUCGGAAAUGUUCUUGCCUCCACGUCAGCGUACUAAAACAAAAGCGUUCCAGUUGAAUUUCUCGUCAGCUGCUCGUGACAAUUCGUCCUCUUCAGAGAGUGAAAGUGACGAGGAAACACUUGGUGCCAUUUCUGCUUCUUCCGCACGCAAUCUGUCGUCAAAGGCCACUGCUAAGAAGUACAGCAAAGAAUUCAGCAACUGGUCUGACAUUGAAGUGCGUGCGUUUAUCAGAAGCUUCAAAAAGUUCCCCAAUGCUGAGAACCGACUGCAAGAAGUUGCAGAAGACGCCGACUUGCACGAAAAGAGCAUGAAUGAUUUGACGCGAUUUUGGCACAAGUUGAAAGAGAAUUGUGAGAUGGCGAUGAGCGAAGCAAACAAAGAGAACGCAGGAGUAAAGACGUCGAAAAAUGCCACGUUUAAGUUCAGAGGCACCCAUGUAAAUGCAACACAACUGAUCAAAUCGCAAGAUGACUACGAGGCGUUAGUGAAGACAAUAUCUGUGCUAGAUUCGCCUUACAACUACAAUUUGAAAUGUGCGAAGAAAAGGCUUCCUAAUUGGGAUGUGAUUUGGGAGGCUGAACAAGACAAUAGUCUCAUAAUUGGAGUUUAUCUCUAUGGCAAUGGAAACUGGGAUGCAAUUAGAAAUGACGACCGACUGCAGUUGCAUGACAAAAUGCUUCUGGAAUCGGAUCAGAAGCCACAAACUAGACAGAUUGCAGCCAGAGUCGAGUAUAUCUUACGCUUACUUGACAUAGAAGUUAAUCCGAAAAAGAAUGGAGGUAGUCCAGGCAAGGGGAAUGAAAAAAGUGGGGAACGCAAAGCGAAGAAGGAGAAAAAGGACAGCUUGAAAAGGGAGAAGAAAGAACGAGAAGCUGCGGAAUCAGCAGCUAAAAAGCGAAAAGUGUUCAAGUCAAGGGAAGAGAUUGAAGACGAGGAUAGCAGUAGCUCGGAUGAGGACGGAGACGAUGGCUCAGAAGAGGGCGAGGUAAAGGCGAAAUCUCACAAGUCACACGCCAAGCACCCUUACAACCUAUCGUCACCAUUGAAACUCAUGUGGAUUCCAGGACAAGAACACGACGACCACAAUGACACCAAAGCACACUCCGCUCCGCCAUCGGGGAGCCAGUCUAAAAUCAACGCGUUGAACGCAAUUUCUGUGAGCGUUAGAGAAAUAGACGUGAAGUCUGAUACAUUCAAAGCAUGCAAAGAGUCGAUGCGAUCCGUCAAAAAAAAUUUGCAAAAGCUCAUGCAAGGUUCUGCGAGCGAAUCGAAAAAAGGAGGCUUAGAAGACAUGAGCGGAGUGUGUCGUAAGAGUCUGGGCAAAGUUGGCGACCGAGUAAUUGAAAUCUUGCAAGAGGAGAAAGACCAUGAAAAAAUCCAGGACAGAAAAACAGACCUCUGGAACUUUGUGGCCCAGUUUAGCAAGCUCAAUGCGGAAUCCCUCCAUGCCAUAUAUAUGAAGAGUAUCAAAAAGAAGCAACAAGCAGAAGCUGGAAAGCGUCGCAAGAAUGACCCGAAGCCCUCAUCAGAGCGAGAUCCGCUCAGUCCUGAAAUAGAAGGUUCUAAAUCUGGAUCAAAGAAAGUUCGAGAAAGAGUGUUCGAUAAGAAAUUGAAAACCGUUCAUCGUGCCACAAUUUUCGCAAGACCAGCCAGACCGCACUCGCCAGUGGGUCACAACGAAGCUAGGGCAAAAGUCUUCGAGCGUCCUAAUCGGCCGUUCCCUAAAAGUGGUGAGAGUAGCAGUAGCUACCGUAAAUCAGAGAAACCAGAGCAUAAAGAUGUAGGAUAUGAUGAUAGAACAGUGGGAAUUGAUCUGCACAAUGAAAGUAGACACCAUGAUUACGACGGUAGGCGAGACCAUGUGCAAGGCGAUAGAGGCUGGAAACACGACAGAGAUCACGAUGACCAUUAUAAAGACCGCGAACGCCACCAUCGGGAUUAUGAAUGGCAUUCACGCGACGAGCAAAAACACUGGAAGCAAUAUAGGCAACCAGAUAUUGAUAAGGGUAAUCGUACUUAUCAAGCUCACAACACAGUGUCAAACUUCAGGGACCCAAGAAUGUGUAAAUCUGAGCAACCAGGGGUCGGUCAUUCAACUUCUCACCCUCAAGCACAGCUAUUUACGAGGCAAGGAGAGAGUCAUCUAAUUUUUCCAGAACCCGGCGAAUGUGUGAAUGACGAAGAAAGCAGUUCUUCCAACAGUAGGUCAAUAGAUGCUUUAGUGCAUAUGAAUAUUCCGAACGCAUUGAUCAAAAACGUGGAGAAAAUGCCAUUUAUGCAAUCAAGUUUAGAGACAGAAGCAAUGGAGUCGCAAGAUGACCCCUUGCCGCAUGGUGCUAUACCUAUUGAGUUGGAGAUGCCUAAUGUAGAGAGCUUCAACAAUAACCAACGAAUGGACUUUGAAGUAGCAGUUAAAACAACUGACAUGAUUAAUAGUGACUUGAACUCUUGGAGCCAAUGAAACGCAAUAGUUUGAAAACAUGAACUAGUCAAGUUAAUUAACACUGUCAAUUUAUACUCUUUGAUUAGAUGAACUUGUUUCAAAACAGUUAUCUUUAUUUUUCGUUUUCAUCUGUCGAGCUUAUAAUUCAAAAUUAAAAUUAA